CAGCCCUGUAUCGGGCAAGUUGGGGCUACAAUUUUUUUUUAAAUGAUUUGUGAAUGAUUAGUUUCAAAAAAAUUGUGAUGUUUGGAAGUGAAUUGGUUUAGGGAUAUAAUAUAUUAUUGAGGAUGAAGUUCCAACUAUACCUACUAGUAGCUCUAGCAGCAACUAUUAUUUUGGACGUAACAGAUGCCAGGGUUCGCAGGAAAAAGGUAAAGAAGCAACCUUCUUCUACAACUGAAAGUCUACCAGAAACAACUUCAGAAGAAACCGUGCACCAAGAAGACGCACCUACAAAACUUAGUUUAGAUACUGCCGAUUUAGAAAUAAGCGAACAGGAAGUUUCGUCGGAGCAGGUCCUCAAAAAAUCUAAAAAAGGUGGAAAACGUAGGGCUGUAAAGAGGAAAGUUGACGGUGUCCAGAAUCAAGAACCAAGUGAUGACUAUAAUCCCGAUUAUGGAGACUACGGUGAAAAUUAUGCCGAAUAUAAUGAAGUAAAAGUUGCAGGUGUAACAGAGCGAAUAACUACUCCCCAACCUUACGAUGAACGACCAAGAUUUGUAGAAACAUCAAUUAGACCUAUAGGUAUAAAUACUACUCCAAGCCCUAGAGGAAAUGUUCAAGUAAGUGUUAUUGAGCCAUCACCUGAAAGCCAUAUUGGGGCCAUUAAUGACUGCAGACAAGAUGGAAAAUUUUACCAAGACAACCAAAAAUGGACAAUAGGAGAAUGUACCAACUGCACCUGUAUCCGGGGAACAGUUGACUGCAAAACUGACGAAAGUUGUUUACAAGGUUUAAAGCCAAGGGAGCCACAAAUCGAUGAUACCUACCCAAUUUCAGGACCCAGGGGGGAAGCAGGUUAUCCAGGAGAGCAAGGUCGUCCAGGAGACUCGGGGAUUCCAGGCUCACCAGGCACUCCGGGGGUCCCAGGACCUCCAGGUCCACCAGGAUCAAUUCCUGACCUUACUGCGUACUAUGCUCAACUGGCUGCUGCUAAUUCAGCUAACGAUAAAGGUCCUCAGAUAGUGGAGCCUUUUCAAUACCUGCAAGCACAGGUGGGACCGACGGGCUCUAGAGGUCCACCAGGUCCUCCCGGAGCUGCAGGUCCCCAAGGGUUUCAAGGAACCAGAGGCGAAAUUGGAGAACCGGGAUUGCCGGGACCUAUGGGACCAGCUGGACUAAGAGGUCCACCUGGACCACCAGGCAAAGAUGGUGAGCGAGGAGAAGAUGGGGAGUCUGGUGCAGUUGGAGCUACAGGUCCUCCUGGAUCUAGAGGAUUGCCUGGUAUUCCGGGACUUCCCGGAGCAAAAGGCCACCGUGGUUACCCUGGACUUGAUGGCACCAAAGGCGAACAAGGACCACAAGGUGAAAAAGGUGGACAAGGAAUUCCCGGUUUUGUCGGUCCUAUUGGCCCCUCCGGUACACCUGGACCAAGAGGAGAAAGAGGUAGAGAAGGACCUCCAGGACCUCCUGGCUUAAGAGGACUUGAUGGUGUAGCUGGACCACCUGGCCCAGCGGGGUCUGUGGGUAAACCGGGGCCACCUGGCUUUCCAGGAAUACCUGGAGCAAAGGGAGAUCAAGGAGCGAUUGGUCCUCAAGGAAAUCAAGGCUUACAAGGUCCUAGAGGAGAACAAGGACGUCCCGGUGAACCCGGUGAAACUGGACCCUCUGGUCCUCCUGGAAAAGAUGGAUAUCCCGGUGAAAAAGGGGCCACAGGAUCGCCAGGACUAGUGGGACCACCAGGUUUUCCAGGAUCAAGAGGCCCUCCUGGAAACGACGGUCAUCCUGGAAUUCCUGGAGCCAAGGGCCUACCUGGUCAACCUGGAGAAAGAGGUUACAAAGGAGAAACAGGGCCAAAAGGAGAAAUUGGCUCCCCAGGGUUGAGAGGUCUUCCUGGACCUUCAGGACCUGAAGGAAAAAGGGGAAGAAGGGGAAACAGAGGUCCACCAGGACCCAACGGACCACAAGGCGAACGUGGUAUUCCUGGAAUUACUGGAUUACCUGGACCUGACGGCGCACCCGGCCCCAAAGGACAAGCUGGUGAACGAGGUGCUGUAGGACCACAAGGCAUUAAAGGCGCACAAGGAGAAAUGGGACGUACCGGAGCUAUGGGUCUUCAAGGUCUCAGAGGCUUAACGGGAAGAACUGGUGCAGCUGGAAAAACGGGGCCUCCCGGUGAACGUGGAUUACCAGGCCAAGAUGGAAAACCUGGUGAGCCAGGAGUACAAGGUAUUCAAGGAAUUCCAGGACCUAUUGGUUUACCUGGUGAUAAAGGAUUAACUGGUGCACCUGGAAAAGAUGGAGAGUCAGGUCCUCAAGGACCACCCGGUCCCAAAGGUGAUGUUGGCAAAGACGGUUUACGAGGUCCACAAGGACUUCCUGGUAUUCCAGGUAAUGAUGGCGAAAGAGGUCCUCCAGGUGUUACUGGACCUCGAGGAUUCCAGGGCCUACCUGGAGCACCCGGUAAUCCAGGUCAGCCAGGAAAAGAUGGAGAAGUUGGUCUGCAAGGGCCGCCAGGAGUUCCUGGACCAUCAGGAAUGAGAGGGGAGAGAGGUUUUCCUGGAGAACGUGGGCCGGUAGGACAGCCUGGCGCUACAGGACAAAAAGGAUCUACUGGAGCUCAAGGAUUAGAUGGACCUGCGGGCUUACCAGGUCCAAGAGGAAUGAAAGGUCAUCAAGGUCCGCAAGGUCUUAUAGGAUUACCAGGCUUGAGGGGUGUACCUGGAUCACAAGGAGAAAAGGGCGAAAGAGGCGCAUUUGGUCCUAUUGGACCUGAAGGACCUCCUGGUCGACAGGGAGAAAGAGGACCUAUCGGUCCAUUAGGCCCGCCAGGUCCACCAGGCGAACCAGCUGCCCCUGGAGAGCCUGGUACACCAGGAUCUACAGGAGAGCCAGGAGCUCCAGGAACCCCGGGAGAUAGAGGACCGGUCGGACCAAGUGGUCCCCAAGGAUUCCCAGGACCACCUGGUCUAGUUGGCUUGCCAGGCCCUAAAGGAGAAAGAGGAACAUCAGGAUUAAAGGGUGAACAGGGAAACCCCGGCCACAUAGGUCGUCCUGGAGAGCCAGGAUUACAAGGUCCUGUUGGUCUAACAGGUGCGAAAGGCGCAAGAGGUGAACCCGGUCAACGGGGAGACGUAGGGUUAAUGGGUCCACCAGGGCGACCAGGAGAUCAAGGGCCUGCUGGCCAUCCAGGCAGUACAGGUUCACCCGGUCCCGCUGGCCUUCCAGGAAUUAAAGGAUGUCACGGUGAUCAGGGUAAGCCAGGAAAUAGCGGACCUCCAGGUUUACCAGGUAUACCAGGUGUGGAAGGCCCCAAAGGAGAAUCAGGUUCAGAUGGGCCUCCAGGUAUAGCCGGACCCGUCGGCCCGCAAGGACCUGCUGGUGACAGAGGUUUGCCUGGACUACCUGGUGCGCCUGGUUUACCGGGUCAACAAGGACACCGUGGGACUCCUGGAGAACAGGGUAUACCAGGAAAGCCAGGAAAUGAAGGACCGAUAGGUCCCCAAGGAAUAGCAGGACCGCCGGGACCAACAGGACCACAUGGAGAUCAAGGACCUGAAGGCCCACCUGGAAAAAUGGGAGUUCCUGGGUUACCUGGACGACCUGGCGACAAAGGACCGGUAGGACCUCCUGGGCAAACAGGUCCAAACGGCCCACCUGGACUGCCGGGACCAAUGGGAUUGGCGGGUCCCAUCGGUCUUACUGGAGAACGCGGUCCUAGAGGAGAACCAGGACCACAAGGAACCGAAGGACGACCAGGCGAACGUGGUAAGCAAGGAGCACCUGGCAUAGAAGGUCCAAAAGGAGAAAGAGGUGAAGUAGGUCCUAAAGGAGCUAAGGGCCAUACUGGACUUAUGGGCUUACAGGGCUUACCAGGAGCACAAGGUCCUCCAGGAGAAAAAGGUAUGACGGGUUCUCCAGGUCUACCAGGAAAAGAUGGCGAUACAGGUCCUCGAGGUCUACCCGGUCACGAUGGUAGCCCAGGCUUACCUGGAUUAAUGGGUCCUCAAGGUUUAAGAGGUGAAACUGGUUCUGACGGAAGACCUGGCCCACCAGGAAAUCCAGGCCCUCCUGGACCACCCGGACCUCCUGGAGAUGGUAUUGGUUACGAUGCAGCAUCUCUGGCAGCAAUAUUGGCAAACGCAAAUACUCAAAAGGGCCCUGAUCCACAGGGCGAUCAACCCUAUGUUCCAAGAGUUUUUGGCAAGGAGCUGACAAAUGAAGAAACUCGAGAAUUAAUUAACAAAGCUUACGAACAACUGAAGGCUUCAUUCGAGAAAUAUAAAAGACCUAACGGCGAGAAGAAUAAUCCUGGAAAAACUUGUAGAGAUAUUUGGGCGGCUUAUCCUGAUUCACCUAGUGGCCAGUACUGGAUUAAUCCGAAUGGAGGUGAUGUUAAAGGAGCAAUUCUGGUACAUUGUGACAUGGAAACAAAAUCGUCAUGUAUAAUGCCUAGUCCCACGAGAUCACAAGAACUUUCGUAUAUUGGUACAGAUCCAGAAAUUUGGUUGGGAGAGAUUGAUAAGGGAAUUAAGAUUUACUAUAAGGCAGAUUCUACCCAAAUAGGUUAUUUACACCUUCUAUCUUCUAGAGCCACACAAAAUAUUACUUAUCACUGUCUAAACUCAGUUGCCUAUUAUGAUGUUCAGAGACAUACUUACAGAAAAGGAAUAAAACUCAUGAGCUAUAAUGAUAUGGAAAUUACUCCUAAGGGAGCCAAACUAAAAUACGAGGCAAUUAUUGAUGAAUGCAAGCAUCGUCCAGCUACUUGGGCCAAGUCAGUUCUGCAAUAUAAUACCGAUAAGCCUUCUAGGCUACCAAUAACAGACAUCGGUAUUCGUGACAUCGGCAAACCAAACCAGGCAUUUUGGGUGGAAAUUGGAGCGGUAUGCUUUUCCUAAAAAGCUGCGGUGAUCGUACUUAAUACUGCCAUAAUAUUUCAAAGUGAAAGUGAUAACAGUUAUGUAUUCCUAUAAUAUUUUUUUAUAAGAAUGUUAUGUUUAAAUAAUAAUUUUGUAAAUUAUAUAGAUAUGUCACAUUUUUACAUUGUCUAGAUAAGAAAGAGUGCUAAAAUAGGUUACAUUUUAGGUAUAUUUUUAUUAAACAUAAGUGUAUAUUUA